ACGUCCGUGUCUCGUUAGCCUCCAUUGCUGAACAAAAAUUGAAGAUUUCUCUCCACUAAGAUAGGAUCAGGCUGUUUAAAAUUAUUAAUUGUGUUUGAAAAUAAAACAAAUUAAAAGUUUAGAGCAUGACUGUUUAGCUGAUGCGCAGAUUUUUACAGUAAUAUUAGGAAACCAGUGAGCCUCAGAGAAUGCUGACGACGGGAGCGGCUGUAACCAACGUUACAGCGCUGGCCCAGGUAGACCGAGAGAAGAUUUACCAAUGGAUCAAUGAGCUGUCCAGCCCAGAGACGAGAGAGAAUGCUCUGCUGGAGCUGAGCAAGAAGCGUGAAUCAGUGCAAGACCUGGCCCCAAUGCUCUGGCACUCCUUCGGCACCAUUGCCGCCCUGUUGCAGGAAAUAGUGAACAUCUAUCCUUCCAUUAACCCUCCGACCCUCACAGCUCAUCAGUCCAACAGAGUGUGUAACGCCCUGGCGCUCCUGCAGUGCGUCGCCUCACACCCAGAGACGCGGUCGGCGUUUCUUGCUGCUCAUAUCCCCCUGUUUCUGUAUCCCUUCCUGCACACGGUCAGCAAAACGCGGCCGUUUGAGUACCUGCGCCUCACCAGCCUUGGAGUCAUAGGUGCCUUGGUGAAAACAGAUGAACAAGAAGUGAUAAACUUCCUCCUUACGACUGAAAUCAUCCCGCUCUGUCUCCGGAUCAUGGAAUCGGGGAGCGAACUCUCUAAAACGGUUGCUACGUUCAUCCUUCAGAAGAUACUGCUGGAUGACACCGGCCUGGCCUACAUCUGUCAGACAUACGAACGUUUCUCCCAUGUGGCCAUGAUUCUGGGGAAAAUGGUGCUGCAGCUCUCCAAAGAACCGUCAGCCCGGCUGCUGAAACACGUCGUCCGCUGCUACCUUCGCCUGUCAGAUAACCUCAGAGCAAGAGAGGCGCUGCGUCAGUGUCUCCCCGACCAGCUCAAGGACAGCACCUUUGCUCAGGUCCUGAAGGACGACACCACCACCAAGCGCUGGCUCGCUCAGCUGGUGAAGAACCUGCAGGAAGGCCAGGUGACGGACGCCCGGGGAAUCCCGCUCGCCCCGCAGUGACGUGGAGACGUCAGCCAUCCGGUGCUGAGACUGCCUACACUGGACAGGAGAGGACGGAGGAAGAUUUUUCUUUUCAUGUUUAUUUUUUUGUUACGAACUCUUAAAUUUCAAAAAACUGUAGAUUUUCAAACCUGGUUGUGAUAUAAAAAACAAAAAAAAGAAUAAAUCUUUUACGGAGACAAAAAUCAUUUCUUCUGAACUGUUUGACAUUGAUGUUACAGUGAGAUGUUUUACAGAUAAAAUGUUUCACUGAACUAAUAGCAGCUUUACAAUAAACGAAGCAAUGGAAUAAAGAUGCAGUUUUUUAAAAUAUGCAACAGAAACGAUAAACAGAAGUAAACAAUUCCUUUAUUUCUACCAGCUGCUGAUGUUCCAGUUCUGCGCUGAAACAUCCAAUGACCCCGACAGUCCACCUUCACACCCCUCUCAUAACUUUAAAAAAGUCAAACUCUUUUGUUCCCUCCUCUGCGGUUUUUACCAUGCAGUGUGUUCCUCUGCACAGUAUUUUUAUUUUUUUUUUGUCUUUGACUCAUUUGUACAGGAGUGAUUGCCGUUCCAGGCCUUGGCCUCAGUGUGU